CGUCCCGGCGAUUUCCGGCCCGGGCUAUCUCAUCAAUUUGUGUCUCCGGUUGAUUCCUUGCCUUCUCCUCAUCCCUCGUCCUCCCGUCAUGUUGCGCUCUGCCCUCGUCAACACUGCCCGCCCCGCUCUCCGUCAGGCGAGAGCCGCCACGACUCUUUCGGCUGGUUUCCCCAAGGUCACCCAGCGCCAACCCACCAAAUAUGGCGGUGUCUAUACUGUUACCCUCAUACCCGGUGACGGUGUUGGUGCUGAGAUCACCGACUCCGUCAAGGAGAUCUUUGAGUACGUGAACGCGCCCAUUGAGUGGGAGCAGUACGAUGUCUCGGGCAUGUCUUCCUCUGGCGAAGAGCUCUUCAAGCAGGCCAUGGAGAGCUUGAAGCGGAAUCGCGUCGGUCUCAAGGGUAUUCUCUUCACGCCGAUCUCCCAGACUGGCCACAUAUCGUGGAACGUCGCUAUGCGCCAGCAGCUCGACAUCUACGCCUCCGUUGUCCUUUGCAAGUCCCUCCCGGGCUUCCCCACCCGUCACUCGAACGUCGACUUCGCGAUCAUUCGUGAGAACACUGAGGGCGAAUACUCUGGCCUUGAGCAUCAAAGCUACCCGGGUGUCGUUGAGUCCCUGAAGGUCUCCACGCGCGCUAAGGCAGAGCGCAUCACUCGUUUCGCUUUCGACUUUGCUCUGAAGAACGGCCGCAAGAAAGUCACUUGCGUGCACAAGGCGAACAUCAUGAAGCUCGGUGACGGUCUUUUCCUCAACACGUUCCGUCGUGUCGCGGAGGAGUAUAAGUCCUCUGGUAUCCAGUUUAACGACAUGAUCGUCGACAACACCUCCAUGCAGCUCGUCGCCAAGCCCGGUCAGUUCGACGUCAUGGUGAUGCCGAACUUGUACGGUGCCAUCGUGUCGAACAUCGGUGCCGCCCUCGUUGGUGGCCCCGGUAUCGUCCCUGGCUGCAACGUCGGCAGGGAGUACGCGCUCUUCGAGCCCGGCUGCCGUCACGUCGCCAAGGACCUCAUGGGCACCAACAAGGCCAACCCGGCCGCCAUGAUCCUCUCCGCGACCAUGAUGCUGCGCCACCUCGGCCUCGACACGAUCGCGAACAACAUCGCCGCAGCGACGUUCGAGGUCAUCAACGAGGGCAAGGUCCGGACAGCCGACAUGGGCGGCUCCUCCUCGACGUCCGACUUCACGGGCGCGAUCAUCAAAAAGCUGUGAGGAGUACUACGGUAGACGCUCAUUAGGACGAGGGGGUCCAUACCAGAGGACAGUAGAUCCGGCCUAGUAGAUGUGGGGUCGAUGUGCAUUAUAUCUAGCCGACAAUGUUGUACUUUGCAGGCGUGGCAG